UGCGGGGCCGCCCCUUCCGCCCGCCAUGGAGCCGGGGGAGCCCGGGGAGGCGGCAUGGCGCGGGCCGGGCGAGGGGCCGCUGGGCGGGCGGGCGCUGCUGGAGCUGGCCGUGGCCACCGGGGUGACCGCUUGGGCUACGUGGGCUGUGCUGCUGAUGCCCGGCUUCCGCCGGGUGCCCCUGCGGCUGCAGGUGCCCUACCACCCCUCCGGCCCGCAGCAAGCGGCGAAUGCCCUGGCGCUGCUGCGGGGACGCUCCGGGAAGACGGUGGAUCUGGGAUCAGGAGACGGACGGCUUGUGCUAGAGGCUUAUAAGCAAGGUCUGAGACCAGCCGUUGGCUACGAGCUCAAUCCCUGGCUCCUGUGUCUCUCCCACUACCGGGCCUGGAAGGCUGGUUACCACGGGAAGGUUUCCUUCCUGAAGAAAGACCUGUGGAAGGUGAAUCUUUCAGAUUGCCACAAUGUGAUUGUGUUUCUGGCCCCCAGCGUGAAACCUCCCCUGGCCACCAAGCUCCUUGCAGAACUCUCUGACGAAGCCCGGGUGGUGGCUGGACGCUUCCCCUUCCCUUCCUGGACCCCCACCAGCACCCUCGGGCAGGGGCUGGAGCAAGUCUGGGCCUAUGACAUGAAGGAGGUGCGGCGAGCAGCGCAGAGCAGCGUGGAGGGAAGCCGGGUCUAAGAGCAGGCUCCUUAAGCCUGGCAUUAAGCACUGGAGCCCUUCCAGCCCUUGGGCUCAGCUUAGGGCUGCUUGGCCAGGCUUUUUCCCAGGGACUUGCAGGGUGGCAGUCCCUUAGUUUUCCAAUGAGUGGGCAGUUUGGGGGAAGCAAGGGAGGGGAAAAUCAGACCUAGAAAUCCUGGAAUUAUUGCAGGAUUUAAGGGCUAAACCUCCAGUGCCUCUUUCUGUACGUUUGCUGCCUUAUUUAUAGUUCAGUUUUCAAAAUAAACGUUUGGUUGGUUCUUGA